CAAUGCCAGCCGUGCUUCCGCCAAGACGCCACUUCCGGCGGCCAACGGCUCCACCAGCUCCACCAGACGAGUUCUGCCCAGAGGUACCUCUGACAUGGCAGCGGGCAAUGCGGAAGGUAUCCAAACUUCCGCGUCUGAACAAGAUGAAAAUCACGAUUCCCAACGAGCGUGUGGUCACGAAAUCAAAUCGACAGUGGCUGACGAAGAGGGGCCGCGUUUAUCGACGGGUUGGGCUUGACCCAGCACUUGAAAGACUCUUUGGCCUAGGGCCUCCAGCACCUCCAGCGUUGAGUCCUGCUGAUGAUUUGCACCAUGAAAGCGAAGAGCAUGCACAACUUGUGGACCGUUUCAUGAAAGAAAUCUUAGCAGAGACUGGGCAGAUGGCUCGCUGGGACAAUAUUUCCCAAAUGGAUCUGGAUUCAAAUCAGGCACCAUCGCCCGAUGCGGAUUCCAUGAUGGCCAAAGUCUUCAAAGAAGUAGCGGCGUCUUCCCUUGGUUCUAUUGAGUCCAUCGUGGCACGCACCUACCAUGGUACUCCAGACGACGAUGAUAUUCGUUCCGUUUUGGCUAAUGACCUUGCACAGCAGAUUGUCAAUGCUUCCCGUGGAACAUCGCCCCUGGUGCAUGCUUCCGAGGUUCAGUCCGAGCUGGGGACAGAGAAGGGAUCUGAAGUCUGUGCCAUGCUGCGUGAAUUUCUCAAUCCUUCACCUACGAUCGAGAACAUGGAGAAUAUGGAUGUUGGAGUUGGCGUGUCUGAUGCACAGCUGUCGGACACAGACAUGGUAGCAACGCACCUUGCCAGACAUAUGAUUCAGUCAAUUCAGUCCAUCUCCAGAUUCUCCAGUCCCAAGCUCGACAUCCCAAGCUCGGCUUCAGCUUCAGCAAUCGACGGAAGCCAUUCGCAGCUGGCGCAGUCCCUGGCGCAGAAAAUCCUGGUGAAUUUGGAGUCCAGUGCCUCACCACAUUCAGAGCAAGCAGAGCAAGCAGAGGACGGAUGUAUUGAUGUUCCUGUCCUGGAAGGUGAUUGGAACCCAGCUUCCAAUGUUUCCACUGGGCAUUCAGCGGUGCCAUCCGAUGCCGCCAUUGACAUGGCCAAAGGUGUGAUCUUUGGUGCAAGCUCACACAGUGCAGUGCCUGCGCACUCCGAUGCAGCUUCGCAAGGACAACUUUCUCAGAACACAGAUUCUGUUGUUGCGGAAUCGAUUACUAGAAAUCUCAUUGUGGGUGGGAUGUGCGAUUCUGAUGUUCGUUCUCAAAGUGGACACAUACCAGAGGAAGCGUUGUCAGAUGGUUAUGCAGUGAACGGUGUUGCUAGAGAAGUCAUUGUGUCAGCAGCCGCACAGGAAGUACCAACACAGCGUACGGCCCCAUCCUCCCACAUUGAAUCGGAAGGUGCAGUUUCCCAUGCUGUGCAGUUGGUCGCAAGAGAUACGUUUGCAGAGCAUGCAACAGUUCCCUAUGCCAGUUCAUUGCCAAAGGAUCUAGUCGAGCAACCACGAUCAGAUGCUGAUGGUGGUGCAGAGGUUCAAGCAAUCCUCAGACAGACCAUUGAUGGCGCUUGUAGUGGCACGUCAGCUCAAAGCAAGAUCCCUCCUUCCCAACAAGAAUCUGAGCAUGCCGACUCCAUGGUAGCAGGAUCUGCGGCCAGACAGAUCAUUGCACCCCAUGCAGCUGCUGGUUCAAACUCUAGAGAUGUGGAGGAGCAAGUUCAUUCAGAGGCUGAGGUGUAUGUGGAUGCAGUGGAACAAGCGGUGGCUCGAGAAUUUGUUGCUUCUGCAAGCAAUCUUCAGGGUGUCCCUCAACCAUCGCAUGAACAACUUUCUCAGAAAACAGAUUCUGUUGUUCCGGAAUCGAUUACUAGAAAUCUCAUUGCGGGUGGGAUGUAUGAGUCUGAUGUUCGUUCUCAAAGUGGACACAUACCAGAGGAAGCGUUGUCAGAUGGUUAUGCAGUGAACGGUGUUGCUAGAGAAGUCAUUGUGUCAGCAGCCGCACAGGAAGUACCAACACAGCGUACGGCCCCAUCCUCCCACAUUGAAUCGGAAGGUGCAGUUUCCCAUGCUGUGCAGUUGGUCGCAAGAGAUACGUUUGCAGAGCAUGCAACAGUUCCCUAUGCCAGUUCAUUGCCAAAGGAUCCAGUCGAGCAACCACGAUCAGAUGCUGAUGGUGGUGCAGAGGUUCAAGCAAUCCUCAGACAGACCAUUGAUGGCGCUUGUAGUGGCAUGUCAGCUCAAAGCAAGAUCCCUCCUUCCCAACAAGAAUCCGAGCAUGCCGACUCCAUGGUAGCAGGAUCUGUAGCCAGACAGAUCAUUGCACCCCAUGCAGCUGCUGGUUCAAACUCUAGAGAUGUGGAGGAGCAAGUUCAUUCAGAGGCUGAGGGGUAUGUGGAUGCAGUGGAACAAGCGGUGGCUCGAGAAUUUGUUGCUUCUGCAAGCAAUCUUCAGGGUGUCCCUCAACCAUCGCAUGAACAACUUUCUCAGAAAACAGAUUCUGUUGUUCCGGAAUCGAUUACUAGAAAUCUCAUUGUGGGUGGGAUGUAUGAGUCUGAUGUUCGUUCUCAAAGUGGACACAUACCAGAGGAAGCGUUGUCAGAUGGUUAUGCAGUGAACGGUGUUGCUAGAGAAGUCAUUGUGUCAGCAGCCGCACAGGAAGUACCAACACAGCGUACGGCCCCAUCCUCCCACAUUGAAUCGGAAGGUGCAGUUUCCCAUGCUGUGCAGUUGGUCGCAAGAGAUACGUUUGCAGAGCAUGCAACAGUUCCCUAUGCCAGUUCAUUGCCAAAGGAUCUAGUCGAGCAACCACGAUCAGAUGCUGAUGGUGGUGCAGAGGUUCAAGCAAUCCUCAGACAGACCAUUGAUGGCGCUUGUAGUGGCAUGUCAGCUCAAAGCAAGAUCCCUCCUUCCCAACAAGAAUCCGAGCAUGCCGACUCCAUGGUAGCAGGAUCUGUAGCCAGACAGAUCAUUGCACCCCAUGCAGCUGCUGGUUCAAACUCUAGAGAUGUGGAGGAGCAAGUUCAUUCAGAGGCUGAGGGGUAUGUGGAUGCAGUGGAACAAGCGGUGGCUCGAGAAUUUGUUGCUUCUGCAAGCAAUCUUCAGGGUGUCCCUCAACCAUCGCAUGAACAACUUUCUCAGAAAACAGAUUCUGUUGUUCCGGAAUCGAUUACUAGAAAUCUCAUUGUGGGUGGGAUGUAUGAGUCUGAUGUUCGUUCUCAAAGUGGACACAUACCAGAGGAAGCGUUGUCAGAUGGUUAUGCAGUGAACGGUGUUGCUAGAGAAGUCAUUGUGUCAGCAGCCGCACAGGAAGUACCAACACAGCGUACGGCCCCAUCCUCCCACAUUGAAUCGGAAGGUGCAGUUUCCCAUGCUGUGCAGUUGGUCGCAAGAGACACGUUUGCAGAGCAUGCAACAGUUCCCUAUGCCAGUUCAUUGCCAAAGGAUCUAGUCGAGCAACCACGAUCAGAUGCUGAUGGUGGUGCAGAGGUUCAAGCAAUCCUCAGACAGACCAUUGAUGGCGCUUGUAGUGGCACGUCAGCUCAAAGCAAGAUCCCUCCUUCCCAACAAGAAUCCGAGCAUGCCGACUCCAUGGUAGCAGGAUCUGUAGCCAGACAGAUCAUUGCACCCCAUGCAGCUGCUGGUUCAAACUCUAGAGAUGUGGAGGAGCAAGUUCAUUCAGAGGCUGAGGGGUAUGUGGAUGCAGUGGAACAAGCGGUGGCUCGAGAAUUUGUUGCUUCUGCAAGCAAUCUUCAGGGUGUCCCUCAACCAUCGCAUGAACAACUUUCUCAGAAAACAGAUUCUGUUGUUCCGGAAUCGAUUACUAGAAAUCUCAUUGUGGGUGGGAUGUAUGAGUCUGAUGUUCGUUCUCAAAGUGGACACAUACCAGAGGAAGCGUUGUCAGAUGGUUAUGCAGUGAACGGUGUUGCUAGAGAAGUCAUUGUGUCAGCAGCCGCACAGGAAGUACCAACACAGCGUACGGCCCCAUCCUCCCACAUUGAAUCGGAAGGUGCAGUUUCCCAUGCUGUGCAGUUGGUCGCAAGAGAUACGUUUGCAGAGCAUGCAACAGUUCCCUAUGCCAGUUCAUUGCCAAAGGAUCUAGUCGAGCAACCACGAUCAGAUGCUGAUGGUGGUGCAGAGGUUCAAGCAAUCCUCAGACAGACCAUUGAUGGCGCUUGUAGUGGCACGUCAGCUCAAAGCAAGAUCCCUCCUUCCCAACAAGAAUCCGAGCAUGCCGACUCCAUGGUAGCAGGAUCUGUAGCCAGACAGAUCAUUGCACCCCAUGCAGCUGCUGGUUCAAACUCUAGAGAUGUGGAGGAGCAAGUUCAUUCAGAGGCUGAGGGGUAUGUGGAUGCAGUGGAACAAGCGGUGGCUCGAGAAUUUGUUGCUUCUGCAAGCGAUCUGCAGCAUGUACCGCGUACAAAUCCUUCCUCGGAGGUCUGUUCGGAGAAGACAGACUCGGCUGUUGCGCAAUCUUUGGCCAGAGAGGCCACGCUUCCUUAUGUUCUGGAAUAAAGGGAGAAAAGGGAGAAUAUCUUUCCAUUUUUUGAUGCUUUUCUUGGCAGAAAAGAAUAACAAUAGUAAUAAUAUAUAUAUAUAGAUAGAAUAGUCAUUUUACAUGUUGAUUAUCAUGAGUUUGCCAUGCUCACAAAGGGGAGUAUGUUCGUGCAGCUCAUCCGUUUCAAAGCUGUUGCAGCUCGUCAUGGAUUGGGACGGCGAGAACAUGGCACAAUUUCAGUGUUUGAUUUUAAGCUGGAGCUGGAGGCUUUUAACCGGGCAUACCUGACGCCCUGAGGGCUUGUGCCACAACUGGCUUCUGGCUGAAAGCUUCUUUAGCGCUCUGAUUUUGGCUGUCCUGCAUGUCAUAGGCUGUUGUGAAUCAAGAGACCAUGGAG